GGCUGGAGGGGCGUUUCCAAGAGGCUGUAGUGCGCACCAAAAGUUCAGCCUGUACUCAGUGAUAGACUCGGACAAGCUUGUGCACUGUUUCUCUAGUUGCUUAGUAUGUUUGUACAUAUGGAUGUCAAGAAGCCUUUAAUAUUCAUAGUCUGCCUAUUGUAUUACGUAGCCACGUGUGUUUUGGGCAACCCUGACGCCGCUUGCAGAUUCAGGACAGCCAGGGUUUCCAAUAGAGGAGAUGAAACGGUGUCUUGUUUUGAGCCAAGAGGAAGUAAUGACCCUGUGUGCAGGACAGGAUUGAAAAGCUCGGAGGGCUGCUGUGUUUACAUUACAAACGACCAGGCGUGGUUGAAGUGGGACGAGAAAAUAACAUUGCGAUGUGACAGCACACAUUAUGGGAACAGCGAUGGUGAAUGUGCCAGCAAUCAAUCUAGCCUUGACUGUGAUGGAGAGAUUUCUGCCAACACGACACCUGGCACAGACACACCUGGCACAGACACACCUGGUACAGACACACCUGGCACAGACACACCUGGUACAGACACACCUGGCACAGACACACCUGGUACAGACACACCUGGCACAGACACACCUGGCACAGACACACCUGGCACAGACACACCUGGUACAGACACACCUGGCACAGACACACCUGGCACAGACACACCUGGCACAGACACACCUGGCACAGACACACCUGGCACAGACACACCUGGUACAGACACACCUGGCACAGACACACCUGGCACAGACACACCUGGCACAGACACACCUGGACAGCAGAACACUACCCAGAACGGGACACCCACUGCCAGACCAAGAGGUAGACUGUUCCUGUUACUCCCAGUCAGCAUGGCAGCUGUGAUUCUACUGGGAACGGCAUCCUACAAACACUGGAAGAAGUUGGACUCUAUGUCUUGUUGUUGUCCUUGAUGGCUUUUGUUUUGGAAAUAUAUCUGUUUUCCUUA